AUGGCGCAGAAAGGAAAUCAGCUGGACAAAAAAACAAUCGGCUGUUCCAUCUGUCUGGAUCUACUGAAGGAUCCGGUGACUAUUCCCUGUGGACACAGCUACUGCAUGAGCUGUAUUAAAAACUUCUGGGAUGGAGAGGAUCAGAGGAAGAGCUACAGCUGUCCUCAGUGCAGACAGACCUUCACACCGAGGCCUGUCCUGAUGAAAAAUACCACGUUAGCAGCUUUAGUGGAGCAGCUGAAUAAGACUGGACUCCGAGCUGCAGCGGGAGCAGGAGCAGGAGCUGAUUACUGUUAUGCUGGACCUGAAGAUGUGGCCUGUGAUGUCUGCACUGGGAGGAAGCUGGAAGCCUCCAAGUCCUGUCUGGUGUGUCUGGCAUCUUAUUGUAAGAAUCACCUCCAGCCUCAUUAUGAAUCAGCUCCAUUAAAGAAACACAAGCUGGUCGAUCCCUCGAAGAAGCUCCAGGAGAACAUCUGCUCUCGUCAUGAUAAGGUGAAGGAGAUUUUCUGCCGCACUGAUCAGCAGAGUAUCUGUUAUCUCUGCUAUGUGGAUGAUCAUAAAGGCCACGACACAGUCUCAGCUGCAGCAGAAAGGACUGAGAGGCAGAGAGAGCUCGAGGUGAGUCGACUAAACAUCCAGCAGAGAAUCCAGGACAUAGAGAAAGAUGUGAAGCUGCUUCAACAGGAAGUGAAGGCCAUGAGUCUCUCUGCUGAUAAAGAGGUGGAGGACAGUGAGAAGAUCUUCACUGAGCAGAUCCGUCUCCUCCAGAAAAGAAGCUCUGAUGUGAAGCAGCAGAUCAGAUCCCAGCAGGAAACUGAAGUGAGUCAAGUCAAAGAGCUUCAGGAGAAGCUGCAGCAGAAGAUCACUGAGCUGAAGAGGAAAGACGCUGAACUGAAGCAGCUCUCACACACAGAGGAUCACAACCAGUUUCUACAAAACUAUCCCUCAUCAGCCACACCCACCUCAUCAUCCAACUCUGUUCACCUGGGAACUCAGCUGCAACUCAUCUGCAACCAAUCCACCACAUAUGCUUCUCCUGCCAACAGUUUGAGGAUGGCUAGAGCUGAAAUGGCGCAGAAAGGAGAUCAGUUGGACCAAGAAACAAUCAGCUGUUCAAUCUGUCUGGAUCUACUGAAGGAUCCGGUGACUAUUCCCUGUGGACACAGCUACUGCAUGAGCUGUAUUAAACACUUCUGGGAUGGAGAGGAUCAGAGGAAGAUCUACAGCUGCCCUCAGUGCAGACAGACCUUCACACCAAGGCCUGUCCUGAUGAAAAACACCAUGUUAGCAGCUUUAGUGGAGCAGCUGAAGAAGACUGGACUCCAAGCUGCUCCUGCUGAUCACUGCUAUGCUGGACCUGAAGAUGUGGCCUGUGAUGUCUGCACUGGGAGGAAGCUGGAAGCUUUCAAGUCCUGUCUGGUGUGUCUGGCAUCUUACUGUAAGAAUCACCUCCAGCCUCAUUAUGAUGCAGCUCCAUUAAAGAAACACAAGCUGGUCGAGCCCUCGAAGAAGCUCCAGGAGAACAUCUGCUCUCGUCAUGAUAAGGUGAUAGAGAUAUUCUGCCGCACUGAUCAGCAGAGAAUCUGUUCUCUCUGCUCUGUGGAUGAUCAUAAAGGCCACGAUACAGUCUCAGCUGCAGCAGAAAGGACUGAGAGGCAGAGAGAGCUUGAGGUGAGUCGACUAAACAUCCAGCAGAGAAUCCAGGACAGAAAGAAAGAUGUGAAGCUGCUUCAACAGAAAGUGGAGGCCGUCAGUCGCUCUGCUGAUAAAGCAGUGGAGGACAGUGAGAAGAUCUUUACUGAGCAGAUCCGUCUCCUCCAGAAAAGAAGCUCUGAUGUGAAGCAGCAGAUCAGAUCCCAGCAGGAAACUGAAGUGAGUCGAGCCAAAGAGCUUCAGGAGAAGCUGCAGCAGGAGAUCACUGAGCUGAAGAGGAAAGACACUGAACUGAAACAGCUCUCACACACGGAGGAUCACAUCCAGUUUCUACACAACUACCCCUCAGUGUCACAACUCGGUGAACCUACAGACUCAUCCAGCAUCAAUAUCCGUCCUCUAAGAUACUUUGAGGAUGUGACAGCAGCUGUGUCAAAGCUCAGAGAUAAACUACAGGACAUCCUGAGGGACAAAUGGACAGACAUCUCACUGACAGGGACUGAAGUGAAGGUUUUACUGUCAGAAGCAGACCCAAAGACCAGAGCUGACUUCUUAAGGUAUUCAAGUGAAAUCACUCUGGAUCCAAACACAGCAAACACACGACUGUUAUUAUCUAAGGGGAACAGAAAAGUAGAAUUAAUGAGUCAACAACUGUCUUAUUCUAGUCACCCAUACAGAUUCGCUGGAAGGUGUCAGGUCCUGAGUAGAGAGAGUCUGACUGGACGUUGUUACUGGGAGGUGGUGUGGAGAGGGACAGGAGUUUAUGUAGCAGUCGCAUACAAGAACAUCAGCAGAGCAGGAUCAUCCAAUGAAUCUAGAUUUGGAUAUAAUGACAAAUCUUGGGCUUUAGAUUGUCGCACUAACAGUUAUAAUGUUUGGUUCAACAACAUUAAAACUCCUGUCUCAGGUCCUCGUUCCUCCAGAGUAGGAGUGUACCUGGAUCACAGAGCAGGUAUUCUGUCCUUCUACAGUGUCUCUAAAACCAUGACUCUCCUCCACAGAGUCCAAACCACAUUCACUCAGCCUCUCCAUGCUGGAUUUUGGCUUUGUCAUAAUUGUGGAGACACAGCUGUGUUGUGUUAA